AUGACGUCUCCUGAUCUAAUAGUGGAGCGACUUCUCCAUCAGGCAACAAAGCUCUUCCAGUUUGAUGUCGCAUAUGAGGACGUGUCGCGCAUGAAGGAGAAGCUGGACUCGUUCAACCUACCGUUCUACGCGCCGUCGGUGGACGAGGUGAGGGACGUGAUCAGGCAGAGCCAGGCGUUCGAUCUCAUCCACAUCCACCUCUUCGAGUCCAAUUGGGAUCCGCACGACAACAUUGAGGUCGCCGUCGAUCUCAUCCACAUCCACCUCUUCGAGUCCAAUUGGGAUCCACACGACGACAUUGAGGACGACGGCGACCUCGUGCUCAAUGGCGUUCGGAGCGGCGUCAACGUCGCCAAGUUCAUCAAGGCCGUGAUUGGGCCUCUCAUCGCGCACCACUUUGGCGAGCACGUAUUGGACGACCUCUUCGAGCUGUAUGCCAAGAAUGUCGUAGUGCACCUUCAGAAAGUAAAGACCAAGUACCCUGUGAACGUUGUUUCCCUCAAGGCAAUUAGUCGCGCGCCAAAGAACCAACAAGCCAGUGACAAGUAUUAUUCAGGUUUCGCGCACGGCCACCACUUUAUGUAG